AGUUUAAAAUGUCAAUCCGCAGCAGGUGUUUACUCUUUUGCCGAUCGUUAUCGAGAGUGAAAGUCAAAACUCAGUCUACAUUUGCCACAAUAGCCACACCUAAAAUGUCUGCAGUUAUGACAGGGUAUGGAAACACAAAGCUGAUAUCUGGAACUGAAGUUCCUUUAGGAGCCACCGUGAUUGAUUUCCGUAGUGACACAGUAACAAAACCAAGUAUAGAAAUGAGGACAGCAAUGAUGCAUGCAGAUGUUGGAGAUGAUGUCUAUGGCGAAGACCCUACCGUCACUGAAUUGCAGAGCCUGGCAGCAAAACUAUUGGGAAAAGAAGCUGCCUUGUAUGUUCCAUCAGGAACCAUGUCUAACUUGAUUGCCCUCUUGACACAUUGUAAAUUGCGAGGAAGUGAAGCAAUUGUUGGGGAUGAGAGUCACAUUCUACAUUAUGAACAAACUGGAGCAGCCCAAUUUGGAGGAAUUAAUCUUCGCCCUGUCCGAACAUUUUCGAAUGGCAGCUUAGACCUGGAUGAAGUAAGGAGGAAAAUACGUAACAGUAAAGAUGCCCACCAAUCCCACUCGGUUUUGCUUUGUGUUGAAAAUACUCACAACCGUUGCGGUGGUAGGAUUGUUCCACACGAUUGGACUUUAAAGGCAGGCCGAUUGGCCAGAGAAAAUGAAAUGAAAUUUCAUUUAGAUGGAGCACGAAUUUUCAACGCUGCUGUUGCUUCAGGCGUCUCCGCGUCAGAAUUGGUGGAACCCUUUGAUUCCAUAUCAAUAUGUCUCAGCAAAGGAUUAGGUGCUCCUGUUGGUUCACUGCUUGUUGGAUCGAAAGCUUUCAUCAACGAGGCCCAUCGCUGUCGAAAAGCUCUUGGAGGUGGAAUGCGCCAGGCGGGUAUCUUGGCCGCAGCCGGCAUUUUGUCAUUGCAAAAUGGACCAACUAGGCUAGCACAAGAUCAUGUCUUCACUAAGCAAUUGGCAGUUACAGCUCAAGAGGUUGGUAAGGGCAUCGUGGAAGUUGAUUUAGAAAGUGUGGAAACGAAUAUGGUUAUGUUAAAAGUCAAUAUUGAAACGGGUGUUACUCCGAGUUCACUUGUAACAAGACUCGCUACUACGACCGACAAGGAAAAAGAGAUAAUUGGUCAAGAUAUCCGUUUGCUGGCUUACCCAAUGACUGAAUUGAACGUAAGGAUCGUUGUCCAUUGCAACCAUACUUCCGAAGAUAUUAAACUGGCUCAAGAUAAAUUAAGAUUCGUCUUGGGAGAACUGCAAGGUAACGUUUAGUACGCUGAAGAACAAGUCUUUAUUCCGUGUACCGUACCAUACCAUUACAAACGUACAUACAUACGAUAUGCAUAGUAAGAUUGUAGAGUGAAAAUUUGCGGAGGAAUAUUCCCGUUGUAACAGGCUUCAUUCGUCUUCUGUUCAUGUACAAAAAUAAAUGAAUUAAUAAC